AUGUUCAGCAGACGCUUCGAACCUCCGCAACAAAAGAGCUUCUUCAAAGGCCACAAGUCUUCCAAGUCCAGCUCCUCGUUCAGCAAGUCCAGCGGUGUUUCAAAACCUCGCCGCGAUUCCCGGGCCAGCAGGCGGCCGACGACAGCAACCUCGUCAGCCACCCAUGACACUGACAUGGGAAACAACCUCACCUCUGCGAUCGUAACUCUCGUCGUCGGCACCGAACAACGCCUCUUCGCCGCCCACGAAGACGUCCUCUGCGCAUCCCCCUUCUUCCAGGCCGCACUCAGAGGUGGCAACUACAUCGAGGGCUCGCCGUCCUCGUCCGCCGCACCAACUCGACGCAUCGCACUCUCCGACGAGGAACCCGAGAUCUUCUCCUCCGUCCUCGAGUACCUAUACAAGGGCGACUACUACCCGAAGCUGGUGCACAACAAGAGGCGCAACUCGUGGGAGAUCGAGCAGCCGUCCGCCGACGGCAAGGGCAUCGAGUCGACCGUCUAUCACCACGGUGUCGACGGCGACCUGCUCAAGGAUACCGUCAUCUACUGCGCUGCCGAAAAGUACGGUCUCGAGGAGCUCAAGCGGGUCUCUCUGAGAAAGCAGGGUCUUCAGUCCGGUAUUCAAUGCAGCACCAUCCUGGCUUCCGCCAGAUACGCAUACGCCAACACCCCCGACACCGACUCGAAGCUUCGUGCUCAUUACCUCGCCCUCAUCAUCCGCAGCCGGAGCACCUUCAAGCGGAGCGGCACCAUGCAGCUGGAGAUGUACAACGGCGGCACACAGCUCUUUUUCGAUCUUUUUGUCGCGCUCUGCAACCAUGUCGAUGAUAUCUCUACCGCAAACACUCCCCGCACACCUCGCAGCGGCCGCGGCUUCUAG